CUUUACAAAUGGCACAUUUAAAUCUUUUUAAAUUCUUCAUUGUCUUAGCCUUUCUGACAUUGAUUGUCAGCUCAGCUCAUAUUGACUAUAGAAAGAGAGCCUUAUGGGACACCAAGAGUAAUCCAACUUUAGUUCGUCCCGGCGUUAUGUUAAGAAUAGAAACCGCAGUAGAGGAACACACAGUAUUUACAAAAGAAGAAGUUUUCGUCACUGCAAAAGAUGCUAAAGUAGAAACUGCGGUUGAAACAAAGGUGGUUACUAUAGCAAGUGGAAAUGACGUUGCUGUUCAAACAGCAUCAAGCUUUGUAACUGAAUUCGAAAGCGCAGAAGCUGUGACAGAAUAUGUCACUGUCGUUGAAGUAGAAACUGCUCUUGUUACCGAAAUGGCUACAGUUACUUUAUCUGCUUCCGCCUCUUCAGCUUCUGCUUAAUCUCUCUCUUUUUUUUUAUAUAUGAAUACAAGUAUUACCAUAAUAAACUCUUACUUUGAAACAUA